AUGGUGAAAUGCGUGAAAGCUUCAGUGAACGAGUGGUUGCCGGAAAUCAAUGGAAUGCGCGCAGAACUUCAUCUGCCACCGUUCGAGGUCUACCAUUAUCCGGCAGAAUCCGUCGGUCUUUACCGGGCACUUGACAAAGAACGUCAACGUUUGAAAUCGUUGAAAGAAGACCGAGUUAAUGGUCAGCGUCAGAUGGUCGAUGAAGUACGUUCGAUUGCAAUGCGAAUUGGCGAAGAAGCUGGUGAAUUGCCAGACGUUCAAAAGGUUUGGGAAAAUGAUAUACUGACAACACUACAAGAGCGUGUCGUUGAGCUGAGUCGUGAGUUGAGUGAACGUAUCGGCAAGGCACGCCAGUGGCAGACCGAUUUACAAAGAUGGUUCCAUCAGACCGGCAAAAAGCCUGAAGAUGAUGAUGCGACGAAAGUGUUCCUUGAACUGGAUUUGGAAGAUCCGGAGCGUGUUUUCGAUCAGUCGUUCAUGGAUAAUUUCAAAGAUGUACACCAAUCGGUAUGUAAUCCAAUCUUGCGAUUCAUUCCUCUAUUCCGAUUCUGUAUCAUUCCAUCACGUUUAGAUGAUCAUGUAGUGAUUUUCACCUGUGAUGCAAUGGUCAACUAUGAGGAGUGGAUCGAGCUAGCGCAAUUCAGUUACGUCGAGGCGAUUGUAAAACUUGAUGAACUCUGGGAACAAUGUCACAUCCCUCAAACCAUACGGCAGUUUCCACGUGAAUUCAAUCCAUCUACACAUACGGCAUCUGAUUUGGCGAAAAUUCAACAAGAAGUGGAGAAACUGAGUCGUUUCCAUCAGGAACGACAGGAUGUGUAUGCGAAACUGAAAGAAUGGAAAACGCUAUGGAUGGAAAAAGUGGAAUACGAAAGUCAUGCGAGCGACAAGAGUGCUUAUACGAAUCGUGGUGGCCAACUGCAAGUCACACUUCAGGUAUAUAUUCGAUCGUAG